GUCCCACGCUCCAUUUAGCCAUGAGCUCUCAAUUUCAUUACCCAGAUUAGUCGCUAGCACGAGCCAGACCGGCAAAAAUGGUUCAACACGGCGGACACUAUCGCAAACGAACUCUUGAUUUCAGCGAUAAGCACCGGAAUUUGGCCAAAUUCACCACCGAUGUGGAGCACUUCCUGGAGGAGUUCGACAAGGUCGUCCAGCAUCGGCAGGUGUAUCGACGGGAUUAUGCCCGCCAUCUUAGGGAGAUUGAGGCCAACCUGAAGCUGUUGAUAUCUAAGUUCCAUCAAAUUGAAGCAGGUGGCAGCCGUAAUCAGCUAUUUUGGGAGCUGUUUUGCUGUGGAACUCUGUUCGAAAACUGCGACGAGUUGAGACGGCAUUACUUCCGGUUCCAUAACACUACUCGAUUGGUCCAUCCGAACAUUGUGGAGCUCCAAUCAGGCCACGGGAAGCUGGAACACUUCCGACGGCGUUUGCAGGAAUAUCUUAAUUAUGGAACAGAGUACAGUGCGGUUUUGUUGGUGAAUUUACAGAAACUCUUAAGUAACGUCAGUCACACUAUCCAGGUCGACAAUGCUAAAAAAGAUGACGGAUGUACCAAACCCGAUUACCAGAUAUUUAGAUGGAGAGAUUUUACACCCAAAAUAGAGCGUUUCCACACGAAAAUAAAGGAUUGUUGAAAAGCUGUAAAUAAUUA